AUGGCGGCAUGGACGAUGAGCGGAGGUAUGCUCGUUUUGGCGACAAUGUGGCUCAUUGUCGCUACGGUUGUUGCUUCAUCUUCGUCGCCUCGAGAUCCAUUGCUGGGUCUGCUCCAGGCAGGGGGAAGAUCGAUCCAGUACUACCAAGAGCCGCCCAAGAAGAAGCAGCAGCACAUCCACUACAUCAGCUAUGGCGCGCUCUCGGCUGAUCGAGUCCCCUGCGCUCCAAUGUCGGGAAGAUCCUACUACACCCCCAACUGCGUCGCGGCGAAGGGUCCUCCCGAUUGCUACGCUCGGCGAUGCAGCACCAUCACUCGAUGCGCCAGGGACUCCUAG